GGAAGAAAUGACACAUGAUGAUAUAGAUCUGCCGAUGCCGGGUGCUCAAGAAGAGGUCCACCAGACAUUGGAGGGCAUUGACGAUCGUCAGCCAAUUGAGUGGAUAGAAACAAAUGUCGUCCCAAGUCGGGAGAGCAUUCGUGGUGGGGAAUAGAGGUUGUACUGCAUGAGAAUGAAGCGGAGUGUAGCAAAAGAUCUCCAGGGCCAAGAUUGUGCAUGUGAUAUGAGCAAGAACAACAACAAUGAUGGGUUGGAGCCACAAGCGACAUCAUCGAGAGGAAAUGAACCACCGCUCCAAUCAAAAGCCAAGGAAACUACUGUAAAAUAUCCAGGAAUACUGACUGAGCUGGACACUGUAUAUGCAAGCAUGGGCCUGUCGAAGCUCCCAAGAGACAAGUACUGUAAUAUGUCCCGAGAGGAGAAUGCGCAGCCUGGCGGGAUGGACAACAGCACAAUCAAGUUCACACUUCCCCCCGAAGAGGACGAAAAAUUGAUGCCGGGGGAUAAAAUUUGGGAGGAUAUGAAGGAGUUCACCGGAGGCCGGCACUUCCUGAGCCACAUUGGGACAUUGGUUGAGACAGAAGAUCACCAACGGGGCCAUCAUAUAUUAUGGCACCUGACAGUUUUCGAGCCCUGCUUGUGGAACGGGAAAUGGCACAUCGCUCUGUUCAUCGCUGGUGAGUGGAAAUUGAGAAAGCGGCUAUUGAAGAGCAAGUUUUUGGAGAUCGCAAGGGAACAAGUUCGUAUAAAAGUGCGGGAAGCCAACGAUGGAUCGGAUUGUCUUGCACAACGGGCAUAUACCGACACACUUUUCGAGAAGCUGCGCAGGGAAAACUUGCUCGAGUACAGCACAAGCUUUUACGAUCUUGAUUCCAGCGUGUCAAACUGUCAUGUCCAAUGGAAGCUCACAAGUCACGAAGCGGUGCACGAGUUUGAAGGCGACAUACAUCUCGGUUGCAGUCAACAAUUGGUAGAAGAAGGUGACUACGCUUCGACGAGUGGAGUGGGACUUCCACUCGUGAUCACAGUGCAGAGUGAUGACCACGCUCAGGAGAAUGAGAAGAUGGAGAUUUAUGUUGGUGACAGGGACGAAACAAUAAGAGAUACGACGCGGGCUGAAGAUCAAUCAUUGCAGCAUGCAUCGCACCAAGAAGAAUCUAUGGUGGAUAAAGAGUCGGCGGGACACUUUCUAACCAUGACAUCCCCUAAGGUCUGCACAGGAUCGGGAACACAAAUGGUCACAGAAUCAAGCUUCAUGCAAGGAACUGAGCUGACAAGACAAGAGACCUUGCCGCUGCAGGAGGGAAGAGAAGGUUUGGCAGGCGGCAUUCCUGAUUUGAUGCUUGGGCUGCAGUCUGAUAGCGACGCCUUGCGUGCUAUGCAAGGACCGGAGGAAACAUUCAAAGAAGGUGAAGUUAGUAUGCAGCGGAUUAGUGAGUCGCAUCAAGAGGAAAAGCGCAAGAGGGCGGAUGAUGACGAUGUCAUUGACAUCAGGACAUAAUCAGGUGAGCAGCGAGAGCAUAGCGAGGACAGAGAGGGGAGACAGAAUGAGAAUGAGGAAGAGGAACACCGCCAUGAUAUACAGCAAAAGAAGGAUGAAAUUAGCAAUGAGAAGUCGAGGAAAGGGAACACCACAGAUAAUGUCGUGCCUAGACGUUC